AUGGACGAAAGAGAGAAUACUGAACAAGGAACACAUACUCCGAGAGACGUUCGUCUCUUGCGGCUUAUAUUUGCAUCGCAGGGCGUCACCUCGUACGAAGACCAUGUUCCUCUUCAACUACUGGAUUUUGCAUAUAGAUACACGACGGACAUUUUACAAGAUGCUAUGAUUUACAACGACUAUGCACAUCCGCAACAAACAAAUGCAGGAAAUAUGGGGUCUGGCCACGACCACAACCACGACGAUGACGAUGACUUAAAGAACCACCAACUCUUGAACAACGAAGAUAUACGAUUGGCAAUAGCAGCAAGAACGAGUUACCAGUUCAAGCCUGUUCCACCAAAAAAGAUGUUGAUGGAGCUUGCUGCCGAGAGGAAUGAAAAGCCCCUCCCGGCCGUGAUGCCUAUGUGGGGGGUCAGGUUGCCCCCAGAAAAAUAUUGUUUGACUGCCAAAGAUUACACUGAGGAGCCUGAUGCCAAGAGAAAGAAGAAAUGA